AAGUUAAGCGAAGCUGCUUGAUAAACAGAAUUGAGCUCCUUCAAUCAGCAGGACAUAAUCUCUCAUUUGAAGCUCUUUCAGUCAGGUAAACUCCACAGGUAAACUCUGAAGGAGCAGAAACACCUGGACGAGGGAGAAGAAGUAAAGCUGUCAGUCAUGGCUUCCUCCAGCAGUCUCCUGUCUGAAGAUCAGCUCCAGUGCUCUAUCUGUCUGGAUGUGUUCACUGAUCCAGUCUCUACUCCAUGUGGACACAACUUCUGCAUGGUCUGUCUCAGAAAGUACUGGAACAGCAGCUCACACUGCCAGUGUCCAGUCUGUAAAGAAGAAUUCUCCAAAAGGCCAGAGCUCCGUGUGAACACCUUCAUCUCUGGACUGGCUGCUCAGUUCCAGAAGUCAGUUCAGGUGAAACCAGUACAAUCUCAGGUCUUCUGUGAUUGCUGUGAUGAGAAACGUGCAGCUCUGAAGUCCUGUCUGAUCUGUAUGGCCUCUUACUGUAAAACUCACCUGGACUCACAUCAGAAAGUCGCUUCAUUAAAGAAACACAAGCUGAUGGAUCCUGUGGAGAACCUGGAGGACUACAUCUGCCAGAAACAUGAGAGACCCCUGGAGCUGUUCUGUAGAGAUGACCAGACGUGUGUGUGUCAGUUCUGCACUGAGGGAGACCACCGGACUCACAGCACUGUUCCUAUAGAGGAGGAGAGUGGAGAGAGAAGGAAUCAGCUGGAGAAGACACAGGCAGAAGUUCAGCAGAUGAUCCAGGAGCGACUGGAGAAGAUUAAGGAGAUCAAACACUCUGUAGAACUAACUUGGAAAAUCAGAGAGAAGGAGGAGGCAGACAGUGUGGAGAUCUUCAGGGCUCUGGUGCGCUGCAUAGAGAGAAGCCAGGCUGAGCUGCUGGAGGUGAUGGAGGAGAAGCAGAAAGCAGCAGAGAGGCAGGCUGAAGAGCUGAUUAAAGAGCUGGAGCAGGAAAUCACUGAGCUAAAGAGGAGAGACACUGAGCUGGAGCAGAUCUCCCACACUGAGGACCACCUCCACCUCCUACAGGUCAGAGUCCCUCUGUUUCUCAAUAGUAAUGCAGUCCAUCACAGGACAGCACUGCCCAUGCUGAGGGGUUUCUCCUCUCUCCUGCUGUACUGUAGAUUUACCCGUCCCUCUGCAGACCCCCACACACCAAGAACUGGACUGACGUCAGUGUUAACACUCCUCUGAGUGUGGAGAGUCUGAGGAGAGCUCUGUCUCAGCUUCAGAAACGUCUCACACGGGAGAUGCAGAAGAUUGAUACGAGUGGUAGGUAUUGGCUAUCAAGAAAGGGCUUGUUGUGCCGAUGGUCUGUUUAACAUGAAGGCUUUUUUCUUUAUGAAUUCACUCAAGUUUCGAAGUAUUUAAUUUGCAGCAAGGUCAUUACUAUUGAACUGCAGCCUUUUAGUACAU